AUGUCAGAAACGGAGCAUAAGGACCAUAUAAUUCCUUACAAAUGGACACAGACGCUGGCCGAGGCUACGCUCAGCAUUCCCGUGCCUGCAGGAACGCGUGCUCGCGAUGUCAACUGCAAGAUAACCGCCACCCACCUCACCGUUGGUCUCAAGGGCCAGCCCCCUCUCAUCGAUGGCGAAGUGCACAAGAAAAUCAAGCCCAUUGAGAGCUUCUGGCAAAUGGAUGAGGGCAACACGAUAUUCAUCGAGUUGCAGAAGGUGAACAAGAUGGAGUGGUGGACGUGCAUUAUUAAGGGUCAUCCCGAAAUCGACACCACCAAGAUCGAACCAGAGAACUCCAAGCUCUCCGAUCUCGACGACGAAACCAGGAACAUCGUGGAGAAGAUGAUGUUCGAACAGCGCCAGAAGGCCGCCGGUGCAACCUCUGAUGAGCAGCAGAAGAAGGCCGCGCUGGAGAACUUCAUGAACUCAACAGAAAUGGACUUCUCAAACGCCAAGAUUGGCUAA